CCCAAGGCUGUGAAGAACACUGAAUAGCUCAUGCAACCUCUUCCUCUCCCUCCCUCCCUCCCAAAAUAAUGGAUAAAAGGAUCAUAAUAAAUGAUAUCGUGGGAUUACAAAAUCUAUCCCAAAGAGCAGUAGUUGCCAUGAGAAGGAAUGACAAGAAGAGUAUCCACUUGCCGCCGGUCAGAGGAAGGAUUAAACCCAAGAUUUUUAGCCUUGUUUACAAAAAACUGAAGCUUGCUGGCCAUAAUGCCUCCACCUUAUCUUCUGAUCAAGACCUGCAGCCAGAGUUAGCCAUGCCUCUUUCAUUUCCGUUAAGUUGGAACUAUCAUAACAGUUCUCUUUCGAUCAGAGAGUUGGUCAAGAAGCACGACAUAUUCAUGAACAAAGAGUUCAGAGAGACACCGGGAAAGGGAAAAGGCGCCGGCAGUGUUUUCGUAUGAUAUGUGUGUCCAUGUAAGAAAUGAUAGCAAUACUUUCCAAUCCAAUCUACAGGUUUGCUUUGUUA